CUUACCCUUAAGACUCAAGGUAUGUCUUCAUCAUUGAAGAAAAUUCGUAUUGGUAUCGUAGGAUAUGGUCAUUUGGGUAAAUACCUUGUACAAACAAUUCAAGAUGAUGAUAGAUUAGAACUGGCAUUUAUUUGGAACAGAACACAGGAAGCAUUAGAAGACUUCGGAAACAAAGAGUUAAUCCUAGAAGAGCUUAAUGAUUUCCCACAGAGGCAGGCAGAUUUAAUUGUGGAGGUAGCCCAUCCUAAAAUUACACAUGAAUGGGGACCUAAAUUUCUUCAAAAUGCUGAUUAUAUGAUAGGAUCACCUACAGCUUUAAGUGACCAGACAUUAGAAACUUCAUUGAGGAAUGCUUCAGAUAAGCAUGGACUGUAUAUUCCAAGUGGUGCAUUCUGGGGUGGAGAGGACAUUAAAAAGAUGGCUGAUAGAGGUACCUUACAAGCAUUAAAAGUAACAAUGACCAAGCAUCCCAGUAGUUUUAAGUUGGAAGGUGAUUUGAAGAAAAAGAUUGAAGAAGUAUCUGAAGAGCCAUUAGUCCUUUAUGAUGGGCCAGUCCGUAACCUUUGUGCUUUAGCACCUAACAAUGUGAACACAAUGGCAGCAGCAGCAUUAGCAGCACAUAACCUUGGUUUCGACAAAGUUAAGGGAUCAAUAAUUGCUGAUCCAAAGUUAGAAAACUGGCAUAUUGUGGAAGUAGAGACUUGGGGACCUGGAUCAAUAGAAAAUAAAACAGCAUUUCAUGUUAAAACUGUACGAAAUAAUCCAGCAAAUGUUGGAGCAGUCACGGGCAGUGCUACAUAUGCUUCUUUCUUUAGUAGCAUACUUGGAGCUCAUGGCAAAGGACCUGGUCUUCAUCUUUGUUGACAACACCUAGAAAAGUUCAUACACAUUUUCAUUGGUAUUUUCAAGAGUUGAACUUGGCGUCUGACAUUACCGUAUUCUCAAACAGUCCAGAUGGACACGAUUUCACUUAUUACUAGAAAUGUGGAAUUGAAAUAAGAAUUAAAUACUGAAAGCUUAUACAAAA